CAGUACUCUGUGACACAGAUGUCACACAACAAGCUAUGGAUAUCUUUGAAUAGUUCUCAUGGAACAGGCGUAUUACUGCGCAUUGCACGCGGGACCUUUUCACGACACCAUCUCCUCAGUAAAGGUGCACAUAUAGACUGAGCCCUUGAGAAUGAGUUGGUGACGGCAAAAGAAGGUGCAGGCCAGUUGACAAACAGGAUGCCUUGUAUGUGUUGGAAUGAUGGCACAGGGAGGAGCAGGCUCUGAACAGAUCGAAUAUAACGUACAUGUAUAUCAAGGUUUAGACUGUCAGCAGUGCUCAAGUGUAAGACAAAUUGAUCCUCUAGAUAUUCCUUCACCUGAAAGUAGAUUUCUACCACUCCAUGUGAGCAUCUCCCUUAUCAACCCACCAAACGGUCCUAUCAUACGAAAAGACGAACGAAGAUCGAAAAGAUCAGCAUUUGUAAAUGAACUUGUCACAAAAACGUCGGCACUUCGGAACAGUAGAGGAGGAGCAAUACUAAUACAUUUGGAUGGUAUUGAAGAGAAUGAUAGAUGUCUUGAAUUUUUACAUGAACUUGUUGAUGGCAAACUUAAUUCACUGAUAGAAGAUGGAACGCUUUUUGAUAGAGUUUACAAAAAAUGGUGGUUACCUGGAGAUGAUAUAAGAUAUACAGGUUGUGUUGCAGUCACUGUUCUGCCAUCUCCCACAGUUGUAACUGCAGACUUUAAUACAAAAAUACCCUUGGACAGCAGCAUUGUAGAUCCUUCAAACACUACAAUUGUAAAGUUCCUCAAAGAUAAAUACGAAUUUCAAGAUAAAGAAGCCAGAGUAAGAGGAACAUCAGCUGAAAAUCUACAAGAGAGUCGUUGUGUCCAAGUUAAAGGAUUUACCCAUCAAGACGCAUCUCUCAAAGAACAGUUAUUGGCAGACAAUGAAGAAUUAUGUGACUAUAUCUGGAAUUCUUUAAAGUUGAAAGAGUAUAUAAGUGCUUUUUCAAAAAUAGAAGGGGGAGGUUCGUUUUUCUUUGGUAUUGUAGAAGAGAUCACUGAGCAAGAUUUGUAUAAGAGGAAAACAUUUUGCAGAGAUGGCAUUCAACUUCCAAGGGGAAAACAUGAUGAUGUGAAGGGUACUCUCCUGAGAGUAAUAGCCAAGGAAAUAUUGAUACUGUCUUACAACAAUCAAGUAAUUCCCUUGACACCGAGGUCAGUGACAGAACUGAUACAAAUUGCCUUUCAUAAAACUGAACGUGACGGUUAUUAUGUUUUAGAAAUUGCUAUUGCAGCAGUGGAUGGACUCGUUUUUUAUGACAAUCGGGGACCAAUAUCAUAUGAAAUGUACAAUCCCAGUACCUUGAAACUAUUACAUGUUAAUGAGUGGUAUUCGCGCCUCAUGAGAGAAGCCUAGAUCUCCCGAGAAUCAGAUGACUAUUUGGUGAUGGAACCUUCACGUUAUGGUAUGAAAUAUACUGGGGAUCAGCCGCUUCGUGUAGAUGCGGAUGAUGACAGUUUUGAAAGAAUCCAAAGGAACAUCUCCCAAGAAAAAGUUACUGUGAAAAAGAACAAAGCUUCAGAGGAAAAUAAAACAUCUUUUUACCAUCGACUGCCUCCUGUGAAAGUGGUUGAUGACAGUUUUGACAGAAUCCAAAGUCACGUCUCCAAAGAAAAAGUUACUGUGAGAAAGGACAAAGCUUCAGUGGAUCAUAUAAAAUCUUUUGACCAUCGACUGCCUCCUGUAAAAGCGGUUGAUGACAGUUUUGACAGAAUCCAAAGUCACGUCUUCAAAGAAAACACGCUUGCUCUCUACCCGACAGUGGCGGAGAAACAUCACCUAACACGUCUUCUCAAACUUCGCCUAGCUGCCACUCAUACUGCUGGCCUGGCAUAUAUUGCGAAGAAUCUUGCCAUAUCCACCAACCUGGUUGCAAAGCCCAAACCUGAUAAUGUACUAUUCGACAUAUGUUUGAUUACUCAAACAAAACCAACUGUUAUUCUUAGUAUUGUGAAAGAUCCUAAUGCAGAUUUAACAGCAUCAAGACGAUAUAACCUAUCACUUGCUAAAGCAGUGACUGAUACCAUAAGAAGGUUUACUGAUGAACAAUUCUGUUCUAUGUAUGGGUUAAUCAAUGAAUCAACACUGGCAGAUCAACGUUCCUUUGAUGAAGCUCUACUGAAGAUAAAGGCGGAAGUAUCAAGAAUAUGUGUACCUGAUUCACUGUCCAUGUCGAUGCAGAAAUAUGAAAAGGUUGGGCGAGCUUUUCUUAUGUCGAUGGGUGUUACAAGGUUUGUUACAGAUGAAACCGGUGAAAUAUCCACAGCCUUGUGGCUUCUAACUUUUGACCAGUUCUUGGUACUUACGGAAAACAUUGACAGAAACGAGGUGCAUGUGCCCGCAAAGUAUCAUUCUGGUAUCCAUGUAUUGAUGAGAGAAGUGGCAUCUCGACUAGAAAAAGGAGCGCCAACGCUUUUGUUGCAUUCGAGUAACAAGAAUGUUGAAUUGGCGAGACGAAUGUCCGUUUGCUCUUACAUGUGUGACCUUGAUGAAUUCCAACAAGAUCGCAACAAACAAAUUCAUGUUCUUCUGAAUGUGGACAACAUCGUGACGGAUUGCACACAAAGGGACAUUGCGCCGCUGAUGACACAUAAUCCAAAUAUAUGGUAUUUUGAGGAUGAAGAAACGGACAGCCUGCAAGAAGAGGUGACAUGCAAUUUGAUGGGCGGCUAAUAUUGGCCGCAGGCUGCAGUUACUGAAGGAGCGUCUCUAAUUGACAGUAAGGUUGGUGUUGUUGGUGGAGUUGUCAGUAAACUUAGCGAUUUAAGUGUGAAAAGAUACAGAAAAAGAUACAGUUCUCAACGGUAAGAAACAGAAAGUUGAGCAGGAAGCAGUAAGAACGAUCAACGCCUCAUAUUCCUCAUGUACAUAGAAGACUAGUCUUGAUGGGAAAUCGGACGGGUUCUGUGCUGCCGCUACUGGCGUAACGAAAAAGAUGGAUCUACUUCCGCCUGUCCUCACUGACCUUAACAUUACAGCAUUAAGAUUGACAAGAAACCCUCUUGACAAGUUGCUGAACAGAUGAGGGCAAUGAGACCAAAAGUACGCAAUCAAAAAAACGUUUAAUAAUGGUUUUGGCCCAAAAAGGCUUUCGUACAAAAGGGAUUUGUCAUUUUAACAGUGAGAGAAUGGGUAAAUGAUAUUUCACAUUGCAGCAUGCUGAUUAGCGCGUUUGUCAAAUUGUUCCAUUGCUUGCUUUGUUUGCGAACCGAACCAUAUCAACCGGACGUCAUGUAAAAGCAUUCUCGCAUAUUAUUCAUGUGAAUUAAUGUUAAAAGUGCCUCGCCAAUGCACAGAACAUCCAAAUUUAAUUCACUCGGGCAGAUGAACCGUAAUUUGUCAUAGCUCGCAGGUUGUUCUGUAACAAUGUAAUAUUUGUUCUGAUACAAAGUUCAUGCACAGAGAGAAAGUGGUCGUCAAGAAUGUAUAACCAUUGCGGUAAACUUUCUCUUGUCCAAAUGGUUUGGCCUCUCGUUUUACUUGUUAAAUCUAAUAGAUUUGUGACAUUAUGUCAUGACAGGUUUAGACCUACCAACAUGUAUGCAGCUAUGACAUGUCCAUUUUUACUAUAAACAUGAUAAAGGCAGAUUUACUGCUGUUUAUUCCUUAUGUAAAUAUGUAAUGUUGAUGCUAUAAAUUAUAUGAAAAUGGUAAAUCCCCUGGUUAUAGUGGAAUACCGACAGAAUUAUUCUAAAAUGCCCCUUCCAUAUGUAUUGAAAUGUUACUUUCACUUUUUAAUCUCAUUUUAAAUACUGGUGUUUAUUCUAAAGCCUGGUCACUAGGUGUAAUUAUGCCUCUAUUCAAAAAGGCAGUAGAAACAACCCUUCUGAUUAUAGACCCAUCUCUUUACUGGAGUGUUCAGGGAAAAUAUUUUGUGUAAACCUUUAAAUGAUUAGGCAGAUCAAGAUUGUUUAUUAGUACCUGAGCAGGCUGGGUUUAGAAAAGGAUUUAGAACAUCUGAUAAUGUGUAUGUUAUCAAUGCUUUGAUUGAAAAAUAUCCAUUGAUACAUAAAAGUAGAUUCUAUUGUGCGUUCAUAGAUUUUAAGUCAGCGUUCGAUUCAGUGUGUAGGACAAGUUUAUUUUACAAACUCUGGAAAGGUAAUGUUAAUGGUAAAAUAUUUAGAAUACUUAAACAUAUGUAUGAAAACGUUAAAUCUUGUAUAUUUGUUAAUGGUGGCUACACAGACUUUUUCCAUUGCCAGUCAGGUGUACGACAGGGAUGUGAGUUAUCUCCUUUUCUGGUUUCAUUUUUUGGAAAUGAUAUUGUUGAUUUUCUUAAUUCAGACGGGCAACGUAAUAUUCAAUUUGAAAUGAUUGAACUUUUUAUUCUAAUGUUUGCAGAUGAUAUGGUCUUAUUCGAUAGUAGUGGGGUGGCAAAGACGCCUCGACAAAAUGAAGAUUUAUUGUCAUAAAUGGAAAUUGUCUAUUAAUAUAAGCAAAAGUAAAAUUAUUGUAUUUAGAUGUAGUGGUCGUCUUAGAAGAUAUGAAAAGUUUUGGUUUGGCACUCACAUUAUAGAAGUGUUCCUACUUAUAAAUAUGUAGGUGUUCAUCUUUCAUCAUCUGGUAGUUGGUACUUUACACAGAAGACACUAGCUCUACAAGUGACAAAAUAUCUUCUCGCUUUAAAAUCAGGCUCAAGGGAUUUUAUGAAACUUCCUCAUAACGUACUUUUACAGAUAUUUGAUGUCAAAAUACUACCUGUUCUUCUCUACUGCUCAGAGAUACGGGGCUUUCAUCUGGCUCAGGAUGUCAUCAAUGUACAUGAUAGAUUCUGUAAGAAUAUUUUACAAUAUGUGAGAUUUGUCCCCAAUAUAGUUGCUCGUGGUGAGCUUGGACGUUAUUCACUUAAAGUCAAUCAACAUGUUCGUAUUGUCAAAUAUUGGCAUCGACUUGUUUCUCAAAAAACUAAUAUAAUCCUUAGCCAUGCUUAUUCAUAUCAAUACAACCUGGUAGAAAAAGGAAUAAAUUGGUGGGCACUAAAGGUAAAACAACUUCUUUAUUCAUAUGGUUUUGGCCAUGUUUAGAAAAGUCAAGAAGUAAAUCAUAUUGGUUUUAUUGAUAACUUUAAAACAAGAUGUAUUAAUAUAGAUAACCAACAAUGGUCUAGCAAUUUAAGAACUUACUCAAAAUUUUCUUUUUAUUCUUGUAUUAAGCAAUAUAAUGUAUUUGAAAAUGAUUUAGAUUGCAUUCCAGUAAGUGCCUAUCGUAUUGCUUUGAGUAAAUUUAGAUAUUCUGGUCAUACUUUGCUAAAUGAAAAUGGACGGAAGUACAAUAUGCCUAGAGCUGAGAGACUAUGUCCAUUUUGCGUAACAUCAGAAGUGGAAUCUGAAUAUAUCAUUUUUGUUUACAAUGUCCACACUAUGACAGUUUGAGACGUAAGAUUCUACCUGAUUAUUUUUACACAAUGUUACUUUUGAUAAAUUUGUAACACUCUGUACAGCAAAAACCCCAUGCAUAAUUAAUGCUUUAGCUAAAUUUAUAUUUCUUGCUUUUAAAAUGCGUAAUAACUUUCUCAUUGGCGCUGAAAUUGUCUAACUCUGAUAUCAUGUAUUGUAUAAUGGGCCGGUGGCCCCUUUACUGAA